UCGGAGAGCAUUCUGGGAUGCGUAGUUAUCCUCUCUCUCGAGCUCCCUUAGCACGCGGGCUGGAGAAGCGGAGUCCUGCUCUGGCUUUGUUGCCAAGCUGUGCCGUCCUCCCUCGAUUCCGGUCUAACCCGACUUCCUCCUGGAAGAAGUAUCCCUAAGCCGAGCCCGUCAGCCCUUCGGGACAAAGAAUUUUGGGAACCAUAAGGCUAAAGUCGCCUCUUUCUCCCCCCCCUUUAAGCCGUACCUGAACGUCUUACAGCAUGGCAGUUCCCGAGACCCGUCCCAACCACACUAUUUAUAUCAACAAUCUCAAUGAGAAGAUCAAGAAAGAUGAGCUCAAGAAGUCCCUGUACGCCAUCUUCUCCCAGUUUGGCCAGAUCCUGGAUAUCCUGGUGUCUCGCAGUCUGAAGAUGAGGGGCCAGGCCUUUGUCAUCUUCAAGGAAGUCAGCAGCGCCACGAAUGCCCUGCGCUCCAUGCAGGGCUUCCCCUUCUACGACAAGCCCAUGCGCAUCCAGUAUGCCAAGACAGACUCAGACAUCAUCGCCAAGAUGAAGGGCACCUUUGUGGAGCGGGACCGCAAACGAGAGAAGAGGAAGCCCAAGAGUCAGGAGACACCAGCUGCCAAAAAGGCUGUUCAGGGUGGGGCAGCCGCCCCCGUGGUGGGCGCCGUCCAGCCUGUGCCGGGCAUGCCACCGAUGACUCAGGCGCCCCGGAUCAUGCACCACAUGCCAGGCCAGCCUCCCUACAUGCCACCACCUGGCAUGAUCCCACCACCGGGCCUUGCCCCUGGCCAGAUGCCCCCUGGGGCCAUGCCCCCACAGCAGCUCAUGCCUGGGCAGAUGCCCCCUGCCCAGCCUCUCUCUGAGAAUCCUCCCAAUCACAUCCUGUUCCUCACCAACCUGCCUGAGGAGACCAACGAGCUCAUGCUGUCCAUGCUUUUCAACCAGUUCCCUGGCUUCAAGGAGGUGCGUCUGGUCCCCGGGCGCCACGACAUAGCCUUUGUGGAGUUUGACAAUGAAGUGCAGGCCGGGGCCGCGCGAGAUGCCCUGCAAGGCUUUAAGAUCACGCAGAACAAUGCCAUGAAGAUCUCUUUUGCCAAGAAGUAGUGCCUUCCCCACAGGGUGCCCCAGACCCCUUUCUGGGGCCGCCCCUUUCCCCCCUUGGCUCAGCCCUUGAAGGUAAGUCCCCCUUGGGGGCCUUCUCAGAGCCGCGUGUGAGUGUGUUGCCACACAGCAUUGUACCCAGAGUCUGUCCGCAGACAUUGCACCUGGCGCUGUUAGCUUGUCAUUAAAGUGGUUUUUUGAGGUUUGGUUUUUCA